AUGUGGUAUAACUUUGGCACCAGCAGCUCCCUUGAUAGAGUGGAGACGGCGUGUGGAGUAGCAGUCCAGUCUCACUUCGGUGAAAUAACCAGUCCAAACUACCCGUCCAACUACCCGGAAAACCAGAACUGCCUCUGGAAUAUCACCGGGCCUCCUGGUUCCAGGAUAAUGCUGCAUUUGAUAAACUAUGGUUUUGACUGUAGUUUUCGUUGGCGGUCUUUUGAUUUCGUUCAGGUAUAUUUCGAUGGCUACACUUCUGGUAGGUUGUGUGCCGAUUCAAAUCAGAAAUGGCUUACAAAAUCAAACCGAUUUGACAUAUUUUUCAAAUCUAGUUCCGCUGGAAUCAUUCGAAAAAGGGGAUUUCGUUUAUUUUGGAAAGGUGUAGGGACAACCUUUCUUACAUCCAGCAAUACCUCGUGGUCGCAAGCACAGGAGAUGUGUUCUGAGGAAGGUGGCACAAUGUUGACUGAUGACACAUAUAUAGAAUUAUCAAAGGAAGACCUUGCAGCUGAAAUGGACGCAGCUAACGUAACAGAGGCUUGGAUAGGGCGAUACUACACGCCAUGGUCCUGGUUAAAAGGGUGUUAUACGGACGAUAUGUUACCCGAAAGAGUUGUCUGUUUAAAAUCCAAUCAACAAUCGACAUGUAUAGAAUUCUGCCAUGAUUCUAACUACUUUGGAUUGAAGGGGAACACGUGCUAUUGUUUCCGAAAGUUGAAAGGUCAGUUUGUAAGAACGGGUAGUAAUUGCACUACUAGAUGUCCGGGAAAUACAGAGGAAAGGUGUGGCGGAAAUGGCACAAUGACAGUAUACAUGAAUGAUUUAUGUUUUAACAAUUCCACACUUUGGAAUGGAACCAUUUCAACUUCUCGGUCAGGUAAAACGUGUCUUUCGUGGAAUUCGUCGGGAAUCGAAUUCUUCGACGGGGGAGUGGAUAAUACAGAUAACUUUUGUAGAGACCCAAAUAACACAGGGAAUACCUGGUGUCAUACUCGAAGGGGCCCUGAAGCGUGCGAUAUACCGAAAUGUUUGGGUACAACUGAUAAUAAUGGGGCCUAUGCCUGUAUGGCUUUUAAAGAAAUAAGUGGAUCUAGAAUACAAGCUCAACAGACAAAUUGCUCAUGGCCAUAUAAAGCAGUUUGCAAAUACCCAGGAGGCAUAGGCUACUCGGUGGAUAAAUCCCCGUGGAACCAAGGAAGAAAUUUCUGCAGAAAUGCUGAACUAAUAUCCGAUGGUACACCAAUGUAUAGUAUGGAAGACACCAGUUACAUUUUACCUGAUGAUGGAAAUUACUACUGGGUAGGAUAUCGGCGUACAGUGAGGACUGUUAGCGAUCUCAACGCUUCUUUUCUCGAUUGUUUUCGUUUAACAAGAAACGAAAAUGGCAUUUCACUUACUGUAGAGAAGUGUACAGAAGGAAUCCGAGCUGUUUGCCAGAGGAUGCCUAUAACGUGUGGUGAGACAUAUAAUGAAGGCAAACGUGGGAAGUUUAGUUUUCCAAACACCACACGCACUUACGAUUCUAAUCACAACUGUGUCUGGAAAAUAAUGGCCACUCCUCCCGAGAAAAUUGAGAUUUACAUCGAGUUUGAUUUAGAAGACAGCGUCGUAUGUAUGUGCGAUAAAAUAAAGAUAUUCGACAAUGAUGCACCGAAGGGACAAGCAAACAAAACACUUUGUGGUCGCGGAAACUUCACAUUCAUUUCCAGCGGACCCGCUGUUGCCAUUCAGUUUAUAUCUGACGAGUUAGUGAAUGGAACUGGCUUCAAAGUUUCUUGGAAAAUUGAAAAAGAAGAACCUACAACAAUCCGCUCGAUAACGACAGUCUUCAAUACUCAAUCCUCACACACUGGUUUCGAAGAAGCAACCACCGUCUUCGACACUCCGACCUCUCAUACUGGCUUAAAAGUUUGGCUGAUCGUUGUUAUUUCCUCGGGAAGUGUUGUGUUUGUGCUGUUGGUUAUCGUUCGCAUUUGCUGCUGGAGGGGGCAACAACGACCAAGGGUGAAGAUCGAAGAGGAGAACGUGUUUACUAAUACAGUAUUCGACAAAACUGAUACACUUAAGCUGCUGAUUAGCCUCGAUCGAAGUUUUGGCUGCGGAAGCUUUGACCUUAUCUCUGUUUGGCAUAUCAAGGAGUUUGCAGCAGAUGAAAUAACACUUGGUUCCUUUCUAGCCUUGCCCGCUUUCAAGACAAAUCUUAACUGA